ACGCUCGAGCAGUCACUGACGGCUUGAAUUGAGGCGCCGCGGCCGCCGGAGGUGAGAGGAAGGAGGAGGAGGACGAGGAGGAUGUCGCGCCGAGAGGCCGGCGCCCAGAGCAGCCCGUGACUUGCGGCGCGGGCCGUAGACCCAGGCGCGAACUCGGACUUUGUCUUUGGGGGCCCGUGCUCGGCCCUUCUCGGUUUCCGGUGGGAUCCCAGAGGAGCCUCCGGCCUCCAGCCGUCUCCACCAUGUCCAAGAUGCCGGCCAAGAAGAAGAGCUGCUUCCAGAUCACCAGUGUCACCACGGCUCAGGUGGCCACGAGCAUCACCGAGGACACAGAGAGCUUGGACGACCCGGACGAGUCGCGCACGGAGGACGUGUCCUCCGAGAUCUUCGACGUUUCCCGGGCCACGGAUUACGGCCCCGAGGAGGUGUGCGAGCGCAGCUCCUCGGAAGAGACGCUCAACAAUGUGGGGGAUGCGGAAACUCCCGGGACCGUGUCCCCGAACCUCAUCCUGGAUGGGCAGCUGGCAGCCGCCUCGGCUGCGCCCGCCAACGGAGGCGGCGGCGGCGGCGGCGGCGGCGUGUCGGCCCGGAGCGUGGCGGGGGCACUCGCCCAGACCUUGGCGGCGGCGGCGGCCACCACCGCUUCGGCGUCCACUCCGGGGCCGAGUAGUGCAACCCCGUCUCAGCCCCCCGCCACUUGUAGUUCCCGUUUCCGCGUGAUCAAGCUCGACCACGGGAGCGGAGAGCCGUACCGGCGCGGCCGAUGGACGUGUAUGGAAUACUACGAGAGAGAUUCAGAUAGUAGCGUCCUCACGAGGUCCGGGGAUUGCAUUAGACACAGCAAUACUUUGGAGCAGACUGCGGAGCGGGACAGCGGCCUGGGCGCCACCGGAGGGUCGGUGGUGGUGGUGGUGGCCUCCAUGCAGGGGGCGCACGGGCUGGACUCGGGAACUGACAGCUCCUUGACUGCUGUGUCACAGCUACCCCCGUCGGAGAAAAUGAGCCAGCCCACUCUGGCCCAGCCGCAGAGUUUCAGCGUUGGGCAGCCGCAGCCUCCGCCGCCCGUAGGUGGGGCUGUGGCUCCGAGUUCGGCGUCGCUCCCGCCGUUCCCGGGAGCCGCGACCGGGCCGCAGCCAAUGACGGCAGCCGCUCAGCCAGCCCAGCUCCAGGGAGCCGUGGCCGGCGGCGCCCUCCCGGGGCCUGUUGGCCAGGGUCUGCCACCGACGACUGUCAGCCUGGCGCAGCCCGUGGCCCUGGGGACUCAGCCGGGCCCGGCGGUCGGCCCUUCGUUGCCGCAGCAUCCCCAGCAGUUCGCGUAUCCCCAGCCUCAGAUUCCACCCGGGCAUUUGUUGCCCGUUCAGCCCUCCGGCCAGAGCGAGUACCUGCAGCCGCACGUGGCCCUGCAGCCGCCAAGCCCUGCGCAGCCCUUGUCCACCAGCGCUGGCACGACCUCUGCUUCCGCGGCCAGCUUUCCUUUGGGCUCUGGCCAGAGCGUCUCCUCCUUGGGUGCGCAGAUGAUGGGUCCCUCUUCCCAGCCCAGUGAAGCUGUGGCUCCGGGUCCGGUUCCUGGCGUCCAGGCCGCUCCUUGUCAGCCGGCGGGAGUGGCCCCAGCUGCUAUAGGAGGCGUGGUGCAGCCAGGCUCGGGGCUUACCGGAGCUGGGCAGCCCCAGACCGUGCAGCCUCCGCCGCAGAUGGGUGGCAGUGGUCAGCUGUCAGCCGUGCCUGGUGGUCCUCACACCGUGGUGCCCGGAGUUCCAAACGUGCCUGCAGCGGUGCCCGCUCCAAGCGUGCCUAGUGCGCCCACCACUUCUGUUACUAUGCCAAAUGUACCCGUGUCUCUGGGCCAGUCUCAGCAGCUGAGCAGCCAUACGCCAGUCAGCAGGAGCAGCAGCGUCAUCCAACAAGUUGGGCCGCCCUUAGCGCAAGGCACACACAGUGCACCAACAAGUCUACCACAGUCUGACCUAAGCCAGUUUCAGACUCAGACCCAGCCUUUAGUCGGGCAAGUUGACGAUACUAGAAGAAAAUCAGAACCCCUACCUCAACCACCACUUUCUCUCAUUGCUGAAAAUAAGCCUGUUGUGAAGCCUCCAGUUGCAGAUGCCCUGGCAAACCCCCUUCAGUUAACACCUAUGAACAGUUUGGCCACCUCUGUAUUCAGCAUAGCUAUUCCUGUUGAUGGUGAUGAAGACAGUGCAUCUGGGGGCGGUGUUGUAGCCAUUGACAACAAAAUAGAACAAGCAAUGGAUCUGGUGAAAAGCCAUUUGAUGUAUGCAGUAAGAGAAGAAGUGGAAGUUCUAAAGGAGCAAAUAAAAGAAUUAGUGGAAAGAAACUCUUUACUUGAACGAGAAAAUGCACUGUUAAAAUCUCUUUCCAACAAUGAUCAGUUGUCCCAACUCCCAGCCCAACAGGCCAAUCCUGGUAGCACUUCUCAACAACAAGCAAUGAUAGCACAGCCGCCUCAGCCAACGCAACCUCCACAGCAGCCGAAUGUCUCCUCAGCAUAAAGCUUUCCUAAGCCUCAGUAAGGAAAAACUGAAAGCAAUCUUUCCUUGUGUGCCACUGGUGUUCUUCCCACUUUAUAGAAAGCAAGUAGCCAUGCUUCCUUCGGCUGUGUGCUGGGCCUUUUCAGUAUUAGACAAUCGUUCUCCAGGAGCUUUCCCUCUCUAAGAUGUCCUGCAGCACUGUUGAUGUCCACUUGUAUGCCAUCAGUACAGAGGAGAAUAAUAGACGGGGUUUAUUAAAGCGAGCAGUCUUCACUCUACGUGUACGCACGAGUGGGAUCUUUAAAAGUUUGGGUGGCUCUCCCAUGUCUCUUAUCACCCAUGGAUUUACCUUGAGCCUUCCUGUCACUUAUAAAUAACAGUUCAUCUAAAGAGCCACUUUUCUUUCAAUAUCAGUAACAUUUGCCUACGUAAGUUUUCAUUUAUUUUGUGUUUUAUUUAUUACAGGGCUGCUAUUUUCAUAAUGUACAUGAACAAUGUCACAGAACUUUUUUAAUUUUUUUGAAUAAUUAUAAGUAUCAGUAAAGGAAUUGAAAGACAGGAUUACAUUUAAUAAAUAAAACGUUUAGGCAAUAAUUGAACAAAAGAAUCCUGGCACAUUUCUAACACUAAUGGCAAUUUACCGUUGGUAUUUAUUUUCACUAGUAAAGAUCCAGCUUGAAUGUAAAUUUUGUAUAGUGUAAGUAUGAAAAACACAGUGCACCUGUACAGGUAGUCACCAGUUAUUGUGAUAUAAUAAAUAAUUGGGCUAUUUUCAUGAAGAGAACUUUGUUCAUUUGUUUCUACUUUCUAAUAGAAAUUGCCACGAUUCCUCUGCUUUUCAACAUUUCGUAUGACUUUUUUUUUUUCUUUUUUUCUUUUUUUUUUUUUUUUGGGUGGGAAUAAAAAAGCUGUGAAAUUGUUCAACCUACUUUGUAACCAAAGAAGCAAAGCUGUGUAAUGGAGUUUUGUUUUGUUUUAUAAUGCACAUUCUUUAUGUAUUUUUAUUUAGUGUUUUCUUGGUCACAAUUUUCUUUGCUGUCUAGCAUGAUCUGCAUGGCCUGUAAUCUCUGAACCACUUUCGUACCUCAUGUUUUUAUCCAGCACUCUUAUUGUACUGUGUACUAGUCUGUGAACAAUGUCUAAUAAAAAGAACGAACAGGUCGUAUGGUGGAACUGAGCUAGUGUACAAUGCACCAGUUGUACAAAAACAAAAAUGAAGUGAGCCAUCUUUUGUUCAUUUAAAAUGGUGUUUUGAAUUUCAUAUGCAGAAAACGUUUUGUUACAUUGCAGAUUUUAAUGUAUUUAAUAAAUGCAACAUGCAGAUUAAGUGCAGUGUAUACUGAGUAUUUAAAUUAAAAUGUACAUUUCAUAAAUACAGUUUCAAGAGAAAGCAUCAUUUUGUGUAUACUAACACAUUAAGUGUAUGUCAGAAAUUGAUGUAAAAAUAUAUAUUUUAACACAUUUUCUGAAAUUAAACUACAGUUUUGUUCAAAUAUUUGGCUCUAUAUGUGUUCAGAAUUUGACUAGAUUUGUAUUUUCACAGUUUAAAAUAAUUCCUUAAAUGAAAACCCAUGAUGUUAUUAAUGACAAUGGUAGUUCUUAAAUUUUCAAAGUGAAGUAAUUUAAAGAACACAAGAAUGGUGAGCAAUAUUUGUACUCAAUAUUCAUAUUAUGUUAACAAUAUAAAUAGGAAAUCCUCGUCUACCAAAACUUUUACUUGAAUUCAGAAAGGUGCCUGUAGAAAUUAACAUGUCCUGUAUCGGUAGCCCACUAGCUGAUUCAGUCUUAAUGAGAAACAGUAGUUAGCUCUCCAUGUUAGAAGAGGUUAAAUGUUCUUUAUCUAUUUGAAUCAUUCUAGCUUCAAACAAAAGUCAUAAAAUUGAAACAUACAUGAGAUUACCAAAUAUUUUAUAUUCUACUUGUCCUACAGGAAAUAAUGCUCAGUAAGCAAAAUUUUCGUGUUAAUUAGUAACAUUAGAAAUACUUAAAAGAACUAGAUAAGUAUGUAAACUUGAGUAUGUAAUAACCCUAAAGAUGCAAAGUGAGAUUCUCAUAGAGCCACCAUGAGCAAGAUAGGAUGUGAAACUGCUCCUGGAAUGUGAACCCGAAGAUUCUCUUGGUGCCCUUCCAGUGCUAACAGUGUGGUACUUCAUUCAAAGAAAAACUGGCACUAGCAAAAGAUUGCAGGAGGAGACAGUAAAAUGGCAGACUGCUGCCCAAGAAUGCACAAGAUCUUCUAUUUAAUGCCUGGCACUGAAAAAAAAAAAAAAAUUCAGUGUGAUUUUUGUGA